AUGGGCUUCGUCAUUGAAGAAUAUGUUACCCAUCCGAGUAGCAGUUUUAAAUCUCAACAACAUCGUCUCUGCGUAAGUUUUCCUUAAUUCAAAGUCAGAUUCGAGUAAAUCUUGGACGAUUUGGAUCUUAUAAGGAUGUAAUUUAAGUUUUUUUCGCAUUAUUACCUGUAAAGUUGAUUUACUAAUACCCAAAAUCGAUGAACGUGCUCGAAGUGAUAAACGAGGAUUUUCAAUUACAGAAGCCAUAACACGUUCGACAUUUUCGUCCGUGGCUACCGUUGGUGUUGGUCCUGGUCUGGGUCUAUUUAUUGUUGAUCCCGUUGCUCUAAACCUUGCUACCCAAGACUGAAUCAGGUUGAUUGAUGGUCCAUCACGAACUCGACGAAUACCGUAGUGAUUAUUAAAUCGACGACGGGCUUCAGACAGCGAAAAUCCACUCGAAAAGUACACCUCGACGACAAAAGCGCGGUGCUCUCCACUCCACGGAUCCAUGGCUACUAAAAAAUCCGCAUCGCUUGCACGUCGAAUAACCCCCUCCGCGCCCUUCUCCUACGUUGCGUUCGAAAAUUAAGUCUGUUCAAAGUUUGAAAUCUGCCACUGGACAGCCUGUAUAUUUAACUUAUUUUAUUUUGUUAUUUAGAGGCCAAUUUUGGCUUACAAAUUUCAACAAUAAAUUUAUAAUAAUAACUAUUUUUUCAUUUUGGCUCCGUGGCGCAGUGGGUUAGCAAUGAGUUCCUGCGCUGCGGGUCGCGGGUUCGAAUCCCGCACGGAAUUUGUAUGGUCUACAAAUAAUUGUUCCGGGUCUGGAUGUUUGUCUUUGUGCAAUUUGUGUUUGUAAACUGCCUUCACGAUACAAAAGAAAAUCCUAGUGUGAGGGUAACGUUUUUAUAAGAAGAAAGAAAGAUAAAGAAUUUUAGACAUAAUACUCAUUUACAAAGGAAAAUAUUUCAGCUGCGUCGUUGUCAGCUGUCAAAGCGUAACGAAUACAUACAAUUUUUAUCAAUAUAGUAUAAAGUAUGAAGUAAUGCGAUAAAAUUUCAUUUAUAGAGCAAAAUGCUUUUAUUUAGGCUGUAAAUGAUUGUGUUUCAGGGAAAGAUGCGGGGUACAGCGUAAUUCAAGUCAAUAUGAAGCUAUGUUAUAUAAAAACUUGAGUGCGAAUGAGAGAUAUGUUUAGAUUUUUUAAUGAAUAUCACCGCUCCACUACAUUUACAGCGGGAUUUCCUACAGUGUGAAAAUUGUACCGACGGUAGGCUGUUUGAGGGUAUAAGGGGAUUAAAUAUACAUAUUAAACUAUGCCCUAGUAAAACUAUUUCGGCUUCAUAGCCUAUCGUACAAAUUCAUAACUCUAUUAGUAAUUCCUGUAAUAACACAAAUGUUUCCCUUUUUUUUCGGAGCAAAUUUACAAUUAUCAUCAUAAUAAACAGUGGUGAAAAGAAUUCCUAGAGUAUUCCUUCCUUCUAUUCAAAAUUGGUUAACUAAUAUUGAAAAGAUUUGGCAAAAAUUAUUUACUUUCGCGUAUUCCCAUUUUCAAUUUGAUAAAACAAUAAAUAAAUCAAUUACGUCGCAACUAAAAGAGACAUCUUUUCAAAAUUUAGAUUACCCAAUUAAUACUAAUUUAUCUCGAGCUCGUCCUAAAUUUGAUUUAAAAAGUAGUUGAGUCGAAAGUAAAGGAUGGAGACUUAAAAAAUGCAUCCCGUAUUUUAUUCUCAGACGACAUCCUGGCUCCUUGUAAUAUCGAAACUCUUGAAGACAUUCGUCAGAAGCAUCCUUCGGUCAAUCCUUCUCAAAGUUUACCGCUUCCUCCCAAGACAUCUAUGCAACCAUUAAAAUUUUCUGAUAAAGACUCUUUAGAAGCAAUUAUGUUAUUUUCGAAUGGCUGCCGGCAUUGACGGAAUUACGCCUCAGCAUCUUAAAGAUCUUGUUAGCGCUUUUGCCGGUGACGCCGGCGGAAUACUUCUUAAUGACAUUACAAAAUUAUGUAACUUUAUGCCUUCUGGUAAUGUUAAUCCAAAUUUCAUUCCAUUCUUAUAUGGAGCAAGAUUAUGCGCCUUCAAAAAAAAAAGGAAAACGUUAUCCAUCAGUCCUAUUACCGUUGGUUCCAUAUUUCGACGCUUGACUUUAGAAUUGUGUAUUUUGUAGGUGUUUUUUCAUACCUGCGAGUUCUGUUUUUGAUCCUAUGACUAUAUUUUUCUUAUAAGCAAAUGCACUCGGAAUUUUUUUAAAGGCGCUAUGUCUACAGUUCAGUUAUGUUACGGAAAUAAUCUAAAACGUUUUCAGACGUGCUGGAGUUGGCACCUUGUACAUUCAUGUGUAUGUUAUAAUCAAAUAUAUCGUUCGCAUCUAUUGAUUAACCAAAUUUUAUUAUAAUAAUAUUCAGCUUCAUUCCGUCUUCUUCUUAUGGGUAGAAUCUCUAGCAAUAAAUCUGCAAUUUUUUUUCGCAUGGGAAAGUGUUAAUCCUUUGCCAGGGCUACAUGCAUAAAAACUGGUUUGACGUUCAGUCCCGUCGAAUAUUUCAGCUGAUUCAUUAACUUUUAAAAGCUAAAGUUUUCAUUGUGUGAGCUCUGGAUGUGGGAUCAAAUUUAGAGAUGACACUGUGCGUCCCAUGAAUUAGAGGUGGGGCAGAAAAUGGUUUCUUUAGUGUUCUCGUUUCGGAGUGUAUUCAUCAAAGAUUACAGUAAAUGUGUACUUUGGUACGGAUUGACCUCGGUCGAAGGCCUUGAAGUAUAUUUGUGAGAAUUGUGAAUAUUCUUGUUAAGCCUAGUAUGUUAUCUGGUGCAACUAACAUCUGAUGUUGAAGAUGAAGUUGACGAUAAAGUUGAUGAUGAUUCAUUAUCUGAAGAGCUAAAGGAGCUUUAAUAUUUUUGUUAAUUGCGGUAAUUGUGUUUUGAAUUUCUUUUCGUUUUAUUUUUACAAUUUAAAGCUAUAUGUUUUUUCUUAUUUUCAUCUUUUAUCAUGGCUGUCAGAACUGCUUACUGACUAUGAAUAACUUUCACCGAUCAAACAAACAGACAAAUCAGUGAUUUAAAAAAGUGUCCAAUAUGGGAAGAUGAUAGGUAGCAAAUAUAUAAAUAAAACAUUAGUGAAAUUUCCCAAAUGUUGUUAAAAUAACAGCAAACUUAAAAUUUAAAUGUUUUUAUUGUUAUUUGAUUUUCUUACUUAAAACUUUAUGUAAAAGAACAACAAGAAUUAUAUUACUCUAGUAUUGAUUUUUCAUUAGGAGUUUAGCCAAUUCUAUAAGAUUUAAUAACUCUUUGCAAGAAAUGCUUGUACACUAACUCGUGUAAGGUCGCAAUCAAUAUAGACCACGAGAGUAGCUUUCUAAAGCACUGUUCUAUCUAACACAAUAAAACAAAUUUCUGCCUGGUCCAAUAAAAUAUAUUUCAUUUAAAACUAAUAUACUAUUUUACAUUGCCUUUUUACAUCGCGAUUCAAUCUUCUCAUAGCGUUAUCUGUUGACGAAAACUUAAAUACACGCUUAUAUGUCAUUCCUCUGCAUUUGAAUUUUAAAUAAAGAAAAUUUAAACGCUUGUCAUAAAAACAAUUAUACAUAGUUGAAUUUUGAAUAAAUAAAGUUGAUAUGUCUGUCAUAAAACCAUUCAACCCACCUAGAACAUUUUGUUCUACAUAUACAAACAAUAUGGAUUUCAUUGUGAGAGGUAUAAUUCUUUACCUUUUUUCCAGUUCCAGAUAGUCAUUUUGGUGAUAGACAAAGUGUUUUAAAACACCGUUUUACAGACUCUAACACGACAUUUUUUAUUCAAAUGCAAGUUAUAAAUCAUUGAGUUUUUUCUCUUUCUAAUAGAUGCGUCUAUUCUAUCUCUUGGCCGUUUACGGCCGGUCUCAAUUCCCUACAAUCAGUUAUAAGUAGAUAGCUAACCAAGGUAAACAGUUAAGUUUAAACUAUCUGUUACUGUCGUCUCAAUAUCGUAAUGUUCGAAAGCUUACUAGAGAUAAAAGGCAGAUAGUUCAUGAUAACUUUGGUUAAUGCGUCCCUCCUAAGCGUUUUGUUUUUGCUUCGAAGUGAAUUGCGUCGCGUUCUACAAGAAAAUAUAAUGAUGUAUUUAAAAUAUUAUGAUAAAUAUAUAAUGUUUUUAAUUAUUUUUGUUAAUAUUUCUUAAUAUAAUAUAGGCAAUUAUCCUUUAUACACAUUUUUAAAUUAAGGCUUUCUUCAAAUAAUGAUAAACUUUUAUAUUAAAAUACGAGGAAACGAUACGAAGCAACAAAACACAGCGCUUGGCGUUGCUUGACUUGACAAUUGACGUUGACAGUUUGUGUACACCACCACAACCAAACCUCAAGAAGCUCAGCAGAAAUAUACUACACAUAAUAUAAUUGUUUAUGUGUAGCAUUAAUUUAUUAGCGAUAAACAUUAACAUGGCUUAACAAAAUACUGUAAGUAUUGUGAACUCUUUGCCGUGAUAUAUAAAUUUACAGUAAUGUUACAAAAGCUUGAGUCUUUGUCUCAAAGUCGCGCCAAAAAUGUAAGACACCUGUAAAAUUUUGUUUCAGAUGAAGACAAGGGCCCUUGGUAAGGACGAAAUACUCUUUCUGCUUGACUUGAUUUCCAAGCAAAAAGUAAUUACUACUAAAGCUACGAAUGCCACAAAUAAUAAAUUAAAGGAAGAGGCUUGGAAAUCUAUAGCGCAGGAGUUUAGUGCGAUGGCGGGAGAAUUGCGGCGUCCUGAGCAACUACGCUUAAAGUGGGAAAACUUAAAGAAGUCGUCAAGAAAACGCAAUGCAUUUAUAAGACAAAAUAAUUUAAAGACUGGAGGUGGAAAGAUGUACAUCCCUCCCGAUGAAGCACUAGAUCGUGUAACAUCUAUGUUAGGUGCAACAUGCACGGGGUUCACUGUGGAAUUUGGUGGUGAUGGGGAAAGUGAAAUGAUUCCACCAGAUGCAGUGGUGGAACUCAUGGACUUACAACCUUUACCGGAGCAUUCAGAAGCUGUAACUAGUGAUUUGGUGAUGGGAGAUGGUGGUAGUGCUGAGUGUGGUGGUAAUAGUGAGAAAAUUUUCACACCAAAAAGAUUUACUUUUAAUAAUCCUUACAAACCCUUAAAGAAACGCCAAAAACCCUCUGAAGAACUAUUACGGGCUCAGAUAAGCAAGGAAUUAGCCAUGGCUGCUUAUUUUGAAGCCAAAACUGAAGUGGUUAAACUUGAAAAAGUUAAACUGCAGCUAGAAAUAGAAAAAUUAAACAAGUGACUUGUGAUUACUAUAGUACUAAUGUUAAGAUUUUGUAAAUAGUGAUAAUAAGGUGUAUUUUUUAUAAAUUAUGUAAUGUUUUUGUUAAGUUCAUUCUAAAAUAAAAUCUAUUUUAU